AUGCCGGCUCCCUUUGAUGACCCGCAGAGCUGCGGGGUGAGCAAAGGCGAACGGCUGCUCAUCGCGGCCGCUGCGCCGCAGAUUCUGCACGACCUGCCUGCUGCUCUGCGUGUGCAGGACACGGUGCACUUUGAUACACGUGAGUACAACCUGCGUGAGCAGAUCACCGCCUUGCUGGCAAGCACAGACGUCGGACGCUUCCCGAAUGAGAGCGAGGCCCUGGAAGAUUUCGAGGCCGUCUCGACCAUCUUCCGCUCCUUUCCGGCACGGCAGCGGCUCUGUGAGAUCGUCACGCAGGCAUCCGACUUUCUGGCGGUGUAUGAAAGGCUCGUCCUGGAGGUGCUUGUCCCAUGGCUCCGAAACCGCCUCGAGGGACAGGUCGAGCAUGUGGGUCCGACCAACUUUUCUUACCAGUAUCCGCCCACUCUGCGCAUUCAGCCGGGAAGGAGCAAGGAAUUUAAGCGCCCUCAUCGAGAUGCUGAGUAUGGCCACCAGAUCGGGGAGCUGAACUUUUGGAUGCCGCUGACGGACUACUCCAUGACUGAGGCGACCUUGUGGGUGGAGAGCAGCCCCGGUGCAGAGGACUUCCAGCCGUUGGCCAUCAACCAUGGCAGCAUCGCGGUGUUCCACGGUACGCUCUGCAGGCACAAGGUGCCGGCGAACACCUCGCCAUUCACGAGAGUUUCUCUUGACUUCCGGAUCGGUGUUGGCGACUUCUUCGACAGAGACUGGCAGUUGAAUGGCGUGAAGCAUGUCCACGGUGUUUGGCCGGGGUCUCACAUCCAGUUGCGUCGCGAGCCGGCGCUGAAGAUCUGUGAUCCGGGCUGUGACGCCGCUGCGCUGUGCCGCGAGGGCGCAGCUUUGCGAGGCUAUGAGGGGCUUGUGCCAUGCCCCCCGGAUGCCGAAGCACCGGGACAAGCUUUGCCUCUGAGCCUCCGUGCUGGGGACUGUGUCAUACUGCAUCCACACACGGCCCAUGCAGCGGCGCCCAGAUACACGCCCAGCGGUAUUCGGAUCAUGGUCUACUUCCGGCUGCGGGCAAAAGUGGUGCCGCAACGGGAGCCAGCAGAUGAAUCCCGAGAAACCUGUCGGGAGGUGUUCUUCGACUUGCCUGGUGUGGCCUCUGCUCUCGGCGAAGAGAGCUGGUCAGACUUCCUGGCUGAUGGUGGCGGGACGCGAGACAAAAUGGCGAAGUCCGCUUUGCUGGCACACGCUGAUUUCUGCGAGCUUACGGCCCUGUUGCUGCAGCAGGAGAAUAACAGGAAUUUGCAGGCCCAAGUGCAGCAGUUGAUCGACCACGGUGCCAGCGCUCGGUUGCCGGAGUGCUUCCCAAGACAGGUGUUUGCCAGCCUCCAUCUUGGGCAGGAGGCUCCUGACAAUAAUGGCAAUUGGCCAAAGCAUCUGCCAAUUCUUCAUAACUCGGCUGGCAUGGUGCGUGUGAUUUGCCUGCGUGCCAUGUACCAGCUUAGUACUGCGAGGAUGCUGCUGAUUAGCAUGGCCACCUAUGUACUACUGCUGCACCCAGGCGAGUCGGAGGAGAUAAAGGAAGAUCCUUCCCUGCAGGCCGGCUUCAAGACGGAUCUCGUCUCCGAGCCUUGCUGCAGCCGACUUUGUGGAUCGCUCGCCUGCAAUGAUUCCCAGCAACUGUUGGAUCCAGUAGCUCAGAAGCCCUUCGGAACCGAUGCUGCAUCUCUGGUGUGCAGCCAAGAUGGCUGCUCGGAGAAUGCUCGAGAGAUUUGCCUGGCUCUGUCUGGAUCGCCAGAACCUCGCCAGGAGCUUUCCGAAGCACAACGCUACGCACUGGCACUGGAAGAUGGUGCCGUGGAGCUUCACACGCAAAAUGCCCAUGGUUUGAUGCCUGCCAGACUGUACGUUCCUGUGAAUUUACGGCAGCUUGCGUACGACUGGUCUGCCCCCAGCUCCUCACAACCCGCCAUCUCCGAUGCCGAGAUGGCGGAGCUGCGCGACUGUCUCACCACUUUCGUUGAAGCGAUGCUCCGCGGCGUGAUUGUACAACUGACAAUUGAGGGGAAUGAGACGGGCGAAGGGUGCAAUCUUGUGGCAGUGGUGGCUCUGCCCUCGUCCCUGGAAGAUCUGAUCAUCACCACGGGAGGUCUGGAGCAAAGCAUUCGGCUUAGUUGCAUUCGUUGGGUGCGGCCCCUCGACAAGGGUCGAAGGAGUGCAAGCUGGCUUUGGGCAAACGAGAGGAGAAAGAUGGUGCACGUGAGCCUAGCAGGAGGUUGUUUCCUGCGCUUUCGAUUCGAUCAGGAGGACCAGGCGGCUUUCUUUGGCACUUGCAUGCGACUGCUUGCCAAGGCGUCGUAUGCCGACUCCCUGAUCGACUGA